GCCUCCGCUGCAAAAACAUGAAGCUAAUUCUCAUCUUUGGUAUUGCUCUGUUUAUAGGUUUGACAUCUGCAGAUUCAGAUGACGGUAGCUGUAAUUUACUAUGUCCAGCUGUCUAUAUGCCAGUUUGCGGAAUGGAAGUAAAAUCUGACGGAACAAACGAGAUACGCAUCUUUAGUAACUCUUGCGCAAUGGGAGCUGAAAACAUGUGCAAUAAGCGAAAUUUUGUUUCUUGCUGAAAAUUCAAAAAACAUCCAGACAAAAUGUAAUAAUCCAGGCAAUUGAGUACGAAUGUAAAUAAAAUUGAAAUCUGCUUAAUUACUCUAAAAGUUUGAUAUCCUGUAUUGUUAAG